AUGGGUAUUAGCAGUUUUGACACUCACUACUGUCUUGGGUGGGAAAUACUCCGUCUUCCUCCUCCAGCUUCUCAUACGAAUCCAAUAUAAGACCCAAGUCGCUAUUUUUACCAUCAAGUAGUGGAGGGUAACCUCCUCCAUCAUUCAUAGUGACCGCCGAUUCAGAGCUAUAUUGUUUGAGGUCUUAGGCGGGAGGGGCAGACUCUUGAUCUACAUGUUAUUGUUUGCAUUUAGGUAUUGUUGGAAGAAAGAGAUAGUUAUCUGAUUGAUUGGUUGAUUGUUGUGAUUCAAUUUUACGAGCAAAUGGUUGAGAAGAGGAGGAAGCCUCUAGUGCUUUCUUCUACAAAAGCACUCAUUAACACAGUCCUCAGUUCAGCUAAGACUGUAAGAGAAGAUGGAAGUGGAAUUGACCGGAAAGGACCGGUUUUAUGCAGCGAGGGUCUGCAAUUUCCGGCAGGAAUUCUUCUAUUGUUAAAGGAAGCAAAGGGAAGUUUUCAACGGACUGUUAGUUCCCUUGACGACUCUAUCUUGAUAGGGUUUCCUGCAUCUGUGCUAAAGAAACUAUCCAUAACAUCAGGUUCAAUGGUACAUGUCAAGAACGUCGAGAGUGGCGUGCAGAGAAUUGGUCAAGUAGUUGUUCUUGAUCCUCCUGAACUCCAGGAUAAUUUGAGCGAGAGAAAAUUGUCUGUCGCUCAAUCUUCACGAGUGAUGCUUGUUUUCCCUUCUUGUAACUUCCCACAAAUUGGUUGUAUGCCAAUGGAGCGAGAAAUUGCUUAUGUUUCUCCUCUAUUUGCUUUUAAUCUUAGCCUACAUGUAUCAUGCUUGAAAUAUCACAUUCAUCAAGGGAGGAGGAAUCUAGAGUCUUUGUUUGAGGAUGAAGCUGACAAUGAAAUAAGUGGCAAAUAUGAUGAAGGUCCUGCAAUCAAACUAGAAAUUCAGCAUUGUGCUGAACUGCCAACAUAUGCUUCACACUUGAGGAUCUCUUUUGUAAAGAUACCAGAGUGUGGCAUGCUUGAAUCACUUAAAGGAAAUUCAUCUUUUGAAACCAAAGAUCGGCAAAAUAUGGUUGAUUUGGCACUGCACAACUACUUUGAGAUUGACAGAUGUCUUAGUAGAGAUGAUGUUUUCUCUAUCAGCAUAAAUUGGAAUUGCAAUUCAUCCAUGUGCAUAUCUUGCAGCCAAAGGGAGCAUGAUGGAUGUUUUGACACAAUCUACUUUAAGGUAGUAGCUAUGGAGCCAUCAGAUGAACCAAUUCUUAGGGUCAAUCGUACUAAGACAGCACUUGUUCUUGGUGGAAGUGUGAGAUCUUCGAUUCCUCCAGAUAUGUUGUUUCCUAGAAUGAAAGGUUUUGCUCCUUUGGAGUUGGACCUGGUAAAAAAAUUGGCCUGCAUACUUGCACCAUCUUUGUGUCCAUCAGCACUUUCAUCAAAAUUCAGGAUUGCAGUCCUCUUAUCCGGGUUGCAGGGAUGUGGUAAAAGGACUGUGGCAAAGUAUGUUGCUCACAAAUUGGGAUUGCAUGUUACUGAAUAUAAUUGCCAUGAUCUGAUGAUACCCGCUGAUAGAAAGACAUCUGCAGCAUUAGUUGAUGCUUUCAAAACAGCAUGCAAGUACUCACCAACAAUUUUUAUUCUUCGUCACUUUGAAGUUCUCCGAGAUCUAGCUAACCCAGCAGGUUCCCCUACUGAUCAAGUUGGUCUUAACUCUCAAAUUGCAUCUGUUAUCAAGAAAUUCACAAUGCCGAAUGUAGAAACUGAAGGAACGUGGUCAGAGGAUGAUCUGACUGUGAACUCUCAAAUGAAGACUGCCAAAAAAACGUGCACAUAUCCUGUGUUGUUAAUUGCAACAGCUGACAGUUCAGAAGGUCUUCCUCCUGUGAUUAGGCGAUGUUUCACCCACGAAAUCAGUAUGGGUCCUUUGACAGAGAAACAGAGGAAUGAAAUGAUAUCACAGUUGCUUCAUGGAGUGAAAGAGCUGCUUCCAGAUGGUGAAUCAACUGAGCUUGCAAAGGAGAUAAAUCUACAAACAUCAGGCUUCAUGCCAAGGGACAUUCGUGCUUUAAUUGCUGAUACUGGUGCACAUUUAAUGCAUAAGCAUGGAACUGCAUUUGACAAAGAUGAUUCUGCUAGCACGAGUGAGACAUUGGGGUUGAAAGCUGAGCAUGAGAGAAAACUACAUGAUGAGGCAGAUUUUCUUCUGAGUAAAGAACACUUGACAAAAGCAGUAGAGAGGUCGAAGAAAAGAAAUGCAUCUGCAUUAGGCACUCCGAAGGUUCCCAAUAUCAAAUGGGAAGAUGUUGGUGGACUUGAGGAUGUGAAGAAAGCAAUUUUAGAUACUGUACAACUACCACUCCUGCACAAGGAUCUAUUUUCCUCUGGUUUGCGCAAACGAUCUGGUGUUCUUUUCUAUGGUCCUCCUGGGACGGGAAAAACUCUAUUGGCUAAGGCUGUUGCAACAGAAUGCUCUUUGAAUUUUCUGAGUGUAAAAGGACCUGAGUUAAUCAACAUGUACAUAGGAGAGUCGGAAAAAAAUGUUAGGGACAUUUUUCAGAAGGCCAGAGCAGCUCGUCCCUGUGUUAUCUUCUUUGAUGAACUAGAUUCUCUUGCUCCUGCUAGGGGUGCUUCUGGUGAUUCAGGAGGUGUCAUGGACCGAGUUGUAUCUCAGAUGCUUGCAGAAAUAGAUGGCCUCAAUGACUCAUCCCAGGAUUUGUUUAUAAUUGGAGCUAGCAACAGGCCAGAUCUGAUUGACCCUGCGCUCCUACGACCUGGGCGGUUUGACAAGCUUCUUUAUGUUGGAGUUAAUACGGAUACAUCAUAUAGGGAACAUGUACUUAAGGCACUGACCAGGAAGUUUACUUUGCACGAAGAUGUGUCCCUUUAUGAUAUAGCAAAGAAAUGUCCCCCAAACUUUACUGGUGCCGACACUUAUGCCUUAUGUGCAGAUGCAUGGUUUCAGGCGGCAAAACGCAAGGUUCUAGAUCCAGAUUCUGCAAAUAUUGAAGACAACACAGUCAUUGUUGAAUAUGAUGACUUUAUAAAGGUUUUGGGAGAGCUAACUCCAUCACUAUCCCUAUCUGAGCUCAAGAAAUAUGAGAUGUUACGGGAUCAGUUUGAAGGAGGUGGUUCGUCCAGAUGAAAAGAUUAAACGCAUAAAACAACACCACAAGUCAAAAAUAGAUGUUUCAUGAGAAAGCAACAUAGCUUUUUCAGAAUGAUGGGGAAGACCAUUAUUGUUGGCAUAAUUUUUGUUGGAUGUUUCAUAAAUAAACAGCACCACCAGCAAUUUUCUUUAUUAUCAGGAAAUAAUGAGGGAACCUUAGGACAGAAAAUCUUUGAAGAUUCCAAUCCCCUUUUAAGCAAAUAAAUAUUGCUCUAUAAUAAAUCUUACAAUGUAUGGAAUUUUACAUUUGAAUAUUGAUCUGAAGAAAAUUACAUUUAUUAUAUCUGU